UUCUACAUCAUGCUUUGUGAACACAAAGGAACAUAAUCAUAUUGUAUCGGUUGUCAAUAAAUAAUCUGUGAAAAAUGUAUUUGUUGUACUGAUCCAAAAAAAAUAAAUUUACCAGACAAUGAUUUAAAUGCGCUUUGCUCAAGAUGUGAUUAAAUCUCAGCCCAAUUAAGGUGUGAAUAGUGCAAAUUUCAAUUCUGCGAAGAAUGUUUUCAAUCAGUUCACAAUAUAGGGAAAUUCUCUACUCAUAUCAAAAUUGCAAUUAAUUAAGAGCUACACUAAUAAAUAGCGAAAUAAUUGUCGAUUAUUGCAGAAUUCGAAUAGUACUCAUAAGAUCAAAUGGCUUCUGUUUUGAGAUACUUUGAUUAGAUUCAAGAAGUUUUAGAUAGGAAAAAAUAAUAGUUAAUUGAUACAAUCUCUAAUUAUCAGGGUUAAUAAAUGAAAAUGCUUAAAUAAAGAAGAAAUGUAAUUGAAGCGGCUGUCAAAAUCAAUUCAGAACAAUCCUUUGAAAUCCCAUAGUGUCUCAAUUAUUAGAAGGAAACAUUUAAUUUAACUUCCAAAGAAUAGUUUAUCGAGUUUAUCUUAAAUAUCGAUUUUUAAAAAAACCUUGAAUCAAGUACAGUCAGUCCUCGUAGAAUUCAUACUUAGUCUAGUGUGAGAAGGAGUGCAAGUUCUCGAAAAUUGGAAAGUCAAGAAAAAAUUGUUGAAAUUUGUGAAACUUUUGAAAAGAGAAAGUUUAUUAAAUAAUUGUGUUAAUCAAAUUCUAUUUAGUUAUAAUGGACUCACUCCAAAUAAAGGGUUGACUAUAAUUUAGAGAUGGGAAUUGGGAUGAAAAUCAAAGGAGUUGAAUAGUUUAAAUAGGUUUAUAAGGGUACGGACCCAUAAUUUACAAUCUCUGGGUUAUAAACAAAAACAAAUUAUAAAUUCAGAGUGUAAUGUAUCUUUGAAAAUAGAACAAGUGAAUUCAGCGAGAUCUUGAAUUUGACUACGUCUCAACAAUAAUCUGUUGAGGAUAGCCUAAUAAUUUCUAAGAAGAUAAUAAACAAUGAUAUCUAGGUGUAAUUUGAGAAACCUGGGUUAGUGUUAGGCACGAAUCCAUUAUAUUUUGGAGUCUGGUCUUGGGAAAUCAAACUAAUAAUCAAUGGAAUAAUUGAAGACUUGACUGCCAGCUUGGUUGUGGGAGUAGCCAAUAAGUAGAGAAAGAUAGUUGGAACUACACUUAAUUAUGGUUAUCAGAGAGACUCCUUAGUUAUCAAAGUCUUGGUUGAUAUGGACAACAAGUGUAUGACUAUAACUUCGAAGAUGCACCCAAAUGGAGAGAGAUUCCAAAACAUAAUAGGUCCUGUAUUCCCAGCAUUUUAGAAUAAGAAUACUCAUAAAGGAUCGGGAUGUAAAUUAUUGAUAUAAUAUUAAUAAUUAUGAAUAAAAAAGAAUUGAGAAAGCUUAAUUCUUACGUAGACAAAGAAGUACUCAAUCUGACAGGUGGACUCUAUCCAUUUGCUCUUUUCUCAUAAACAAAGCCUCAAAAUCAUUAGAAAUGGGCUCAGGAGGAGAUACUGUUAUCGAAUUAGUAAAUUGAAAAAGUAAAGGCGUGGGUGCCUGAAUAAGAAAGGGGAAAAAUGUUCACUGGAGAGAAGGUCAAUUACGAUCCAGAAUACCUUGAGUUUAAAGAAGGAGAAGUAAGUGUUGAUGAUGAUUGGAGUUUUGAAGAGACUUAAUAUUUGUUCAAUUAAUUGAGGAAUUACAAUUACAAUUUCAUAGUGCUUUCUGAUCGAUAUUCAUAUAAAAAUAAAAACAGAGAUAUUUAUGAAUUGAAAGACAGAUAUUAUGGCGUUGUUAAUGAAGUCUUGCAAAAGAGGAAUGAAACAUCGCAUUUUCUAUACAAUUAUGUUUACGAUGAAGAAUAUGAUCGGUUUAGGAAUAUGGAACUUGAAAAGUACUUAAAACGAACAAAGCAAAUUUGUGAUGAAGAAAAGAAGUUGCAAGAAGAUUUAAGGAAGGUUGAUCAAUAAAUAAAAAAGCAAGAGAGAGAACAUAAAAGUCUAUGCAAAUCUAUUAAUUUAUAAGAAUAUGAUGUAACUAGUAUUUGUCAUUUAGGACAUUGACGACAAAUCUAUCAAUUACAUUAUAGACAUGUCAUCAAGAAAUGAAGAAGUAAAAAAGACAACUACUGAGAGAAUAGUGUAUUUAAGAAAUAAAUGGAUUAAUGAGGCAUUACCAUUACCCACUUAAAUCAAGGAUAAAUUGGAUAGGCAACUAAAGGAAGUGCUUUAAAAUACUAAAUUAGCUUUGAAUUAAGAAAUCGAAGAGUUAUUCUGCAAUCUACGAAAACUCUAAUUGGGCGUAUUGAGUUAGCAGAGAUUACAAAAGAGAAGAGAAUAAGACAAAAGAUAUUUAGAAGAUAAAAUCAAAAAACUUAAAGCCUAACAUGAUUCACAAUAAGCAAGUGAUAUGAAAACUAAAAAAUGA